UAAAAUCUCAAAUUAGCACCAUUCGUUUUCAACACGCGCGCGUGGAAAAUCCCGCUAAAAUUCGCAGAGGAUCUUCGUAACUAACGAAACCCUAAAUUAUAAACCAAAUCCUUACAGCGUUUGCCAAUUCUCUUGGACGAGAUCGGCGACUUCCACCACAACAGUUCCCAUGGCGGCCUUGAUCCGCUACUCGAAAUCCUCUGCGGUUUCGUCUCUUUCAUCCACUUCCCUCCUCAGGAGAUGCUUCUCUUCAACUGUUUCAUCUGAGCUCACCUCUCCUUCAGCCGCUUCCCCUUCGCCUUUCACUCUUAGCCACAAUCUUCCCCGGAAAGAUCCCAAGGAUCGCAACGUUCAAUGGAUCUUUCUUGGAUGUCCCGGUGUCGGCAAGGGCACCUAUGCUAGUCGUCUCUGUAACCUUCUCGGUAUCCCUCACAUCGCCACCGGCGAUCUCGUCCGCGAAGAGCUCGCAUCCUCUUCUCCACUUUCUCGCCAGCUUUCGGAGAUUGUUAAUCAGGGCAAAUUGGUAUCGGAUGAGAUCAUAAUCAACUUGUUGUCCAAGAGACUUCAAGCUGGUGAGGCGAAAGGUGAAUCUGGAUUUAUCCUCGAUGGUUUCCCUCGGACAAUUAGACAAGCAGAAAUUCUGGAAGAGGUGAUUGAUAUAGACAUGGUGGUUAACCUAAAGCUUAGAGAAGACGUGUUACUCGAGAAAUGCCUUGGGAGAAGAAUCUGUGGUCAGUGUGGAAAAAACUUCAAUAUUGCCUCCAUUAAUGUGAAGGGGGAAAAUGGAAAUCCUGGAAUGAGCAUGCCUCCACUGCUUCCCCCCACACAUUGCAUGACCAAACUAAUUACUCGGGCAGAUGAUACAGAAGCAGUUGUAAAAGAACGUCUUAGAGUUUAUUAUGAAAAGAGUCAACCUGUUGAGGAGUUCUACCGCAGUAGAGGGAAAUUGUUGGAAUUCAACCUACCAGGUGGUAUUGCAGAGUCUUGGCCAAAGCUACUGCAAGUUCUUAACCUUGAUGAUUUUGAGGAGAAACUAUCUGCAGCAGCGUAAACUAUAGCGCUGCAAAUGAUUGGUUAGUUGAUUAUUUUCAAACAUACACGACAGGCACAAACAAUUUUGCAGAACAAUAAAAAAAACUAUAAAUUAAACAAACUCAGAGGUUUAAAAUUCUUUUUCUUUCUAAAUUGUUAUGUUGUUCAAUCUGUUCCCCAUUUGGGAGGGGAAAUACUUCAUUUUUUUUUGGUUGAGUAAAUUCGCUGCAAACAGGGAUUUGCAACAGCAUUGAGUAUCAAUCUCUAGGAGGAAUAAUGUUAUUGAAUUCUUGUAACUUACUAUUCAUUAUUCAAAAUCUGUUCCAUCUGAAGAUUUUUAUGAAGUUCUGACCCUUGGUAGGAAAGUAACAACCAGACUUUCAGUAAAAAAUUUCCCACAUUUGACCGAUUUGUGUUAUCUAUUUUUGUUUAUGCUUCUUUCUGGUUGCAGGUAAUAUCUUAAACCAUCAUUUGAUCAAUUGGUGGGUCUUUUUGUAACCAUCCUUGUUCCCUGGUACCUUUCCUUGGUGGAUUUUUCUUUUUUUUUUGGAAAAUUAUCAUAGUUGAAAUCUCUAUUCCUCAAUCUAAAAAAAACUAAUUAAGAGGUCAAUUCAAUCCCAGGGUGACCACUGUGUUGGCAAAAAUCCCUUGCGGACCUGUCCCAAUCAGGGUGGAGAAUCCCUGGUUGGGUCAAACUAUUUACACUCCAUAUAAAUCGUUAAUGAUUUAAAAUUUUUUAAACUAUUAAGAAAUUUUAAAAUGUUUUCUUUAUUAUUAUUUUAAAUAUCAAGAUCUAAUUAUUUUAAUUUUGAAAAGUUUUUAAAAAGGACAAGAAAACUGGAAACUUUUUUCCAGCGUGCCCCAAUCCUUGAAUGGGGAUUCCCAACUCGACCCCCCAAAAUGGGAAAUGGGGCAUAGAUGGGGAUGGGGAAUGCUCUAGCUCUGUUGACUAUCCUAGUGGUCACCUACCUAGAAAUUAAUUUUCUACAAAUUUCCUUGUGCAUAAGUUGGUCCGGACACUUACGGAUAUCUACAAUUUCAGGUCUAGAAUAUAUGUGGGAACAUGAUUUUCUUGUCUUCUUAAAAAAUCUGUUUCAUUUUCUUUUACAUCUCUCUCACAAAGGGUUGAUUUCUUGUAAAAUAUUGUUAGAGGCAGGAUCGGGUGUUCACUGUUAUCUUUGGUUUGGCUACCCAACCGCAACCCAAACCUAAACUCCAAGCCCUAAAUAUUUCGUUCUAUAUUUCAUGACAUGAACAGUUGGGUUUGAUUUUGGUUUCGGUUAUCAAAUUCGAAAUCAAAACAAACUGAAAAUUUUGGUUUCAUUAUAAUUUUAACUGAACCGAAUAUGGAUUUGGUUAAGUUUGGUUUGGUUUGCUAGGGUGUUUUGAUGCAGGUGAGUGAUAUGUUCUUCCUCGUUUUGACGGGGCCUGGUUUGGUUGUGUUGGGAACGCCCAGGAAAGGGUUGGGUUCUUUGUCUUGUUGAUGCAAACAAAACACGUUAAAACUAACUUAUUGGCAAUCAAGAUGAAGUGGAUAUGGUUAUCUAGCUCAGGGAGAGUAGAAUAAUUUGCAGCUGGCCGAGCUGGUUGGCUCUAGUGUUUGCCAAACAGUAAGUUUACACAGCUGCAGACAUUGAAUAUAAGGGCGCACAAUACCAGCUCUUAACCACUAUAGUUUUGUGGUUUAAGAUAGUAUGUGCUCCAUACUUUGUAAGCUCAACAUACUGCACAUCAAACACAACAAUGGAAAUUUAAAUUUAUUUAUUACAAUGUCAGUGUAUAUGCAUCAAUAUAUUUUGUGUAAUAUUGCUUUGUGUUC